ACAGUUUGAGGAAAAUAGAAAAAUGAACGGUAAAACUCUGUUCCGGAUAUUAUUUGCGGUGAUUUUACAGUCAGUGCCUGCACGGGGGGAGAUGGUGACCCUCCCCGGAGGAAGGAUGUUGAUGGGAACAAGCGCAGCGGACGGCAGGGACGGAGAGUCCCCCAUCAGAGAGGUGGAAGUACAGCCUUUUAAAAUAGACAAAUAUCCUGUCACAAAUGCAGAUUUCAGGGAGUUUGUGAGAGCGCAGAGGUAUAAAACUGAAGCUGAGACGUUUGGAUGGAGUUUUGUUUUUCAAGACUUUGUCUCAGAUGAGCUGAAGAGCAGAAUAACUCAGAGAAUUGAGUCUGCUCCUUGGUGGCUGCCUAUAGAGCGAGCUUUUUGGAGACAGCCUGCCGGACCUGAGUCAGGCAUUCUAGAGCGUCUGGACUUUCCGGUGGUUCAGGUGAGCUGGAAUGAUGCUCAGGCCUUCUGCAGGUGGAAAGGCAGCAGAUUACCCACAGAGGAGGAGUGGGAGUGGGCUGCACGAGGAGGGCUGCAAGGUCGAACAUAUCCAUGGGGAAACAAGUUCCAGCCCAACAGAACCAACCUGUGGCAGGUCAGCCAGUAG